CAGACUUUUAUUUUUGCACCUCGAGCCUACGUGUAGAUUUUCCUUUUGCAGGCGCUUUUCGUCCUCCCAGAGUUGAAACUGGGAGGGGCUUUGAAUAAAAGCGGUUUGGGAGCGGUUUGGGAGCGGUUUGGCAGUAAAAACAGCUUUUCCUUUUCCAGGGAAUCUUCUUUCUUUAAUUUCAGAAAGAGUUAGAAAGGAAUUGAGAGUGUGUUUGAAGAAGUAAUACAACAAGGGGUAAAACGUUGCAGUUGACACAGUUUUUGAGUGUUCGUGUCCUGCGAGCGACAGACUUGGAAGCAAACAUCGUGAUAUCAUGUGAUCUCUCCCGGUCCUGAAACGGGCAUGGCAGUCCUGAAGGUGGUCUCCCCUUCAACUUUGAUAUGAUUGGCGAUGGAAGAAGAGCAACCGUCCCGUGAGAGCCAACUGAUCCAGGGGGAGAGCUCGCCCACAUCCCGGCAAUCCGGUUCUCCCAGGACCCCGAUCUCUCGUGCAAGCAGCAACAGCAACCGAUUCCAGCCGAGGGAAGUGGGAGAGGAAGAAAGCCAGCGAGAAGAACCGGAUCAGCCGGUGCAAGAACUGAUUGGCGAGCCGGUAUAUAAGGAACUGGAUGAACCAGUAGUCGAGAUCGCCGAGGAACCGCAACACGAGGAAUCGAUUUACAGAGAGGCGGAGUUGGAAUCGGUUCCGAGAACCCCGUCUUCCCGAAAAAGCCCGUCGCCUUCUCGGACGCCGUCACCUCGAAAGCAAAGUCAACCGUCCCGUGAGAGCCAACUGAUCCAGGGGGAGAGCUCACCCAAGUCCCGGCAAUCCGGUUCUCCCAGGACCCCGAUCUCUCGUGCAAGCAGCAACAGCAGCCGAUUCCAGCCGAAGGAAGUGGGAGAGGAAGAAAGCCAGCGAGAAGAACCGGAUCAGCCGGUGCAAGAACUGAUUGGCGAGCCGGUAUAUAAGGAACUGGAUGAACCAGGAGUCGAGAUCGCCGAGGAACCGCAACACGAAGAACCGGAACGCGAGGAAUCAAUUUAUAGAGAUGCUGAGUUGGAAUCGGUUCCGAGAACCCCGUCUUCCCGAAAAAGCCCGUCGCCUUCUCGGACGCCGUCACCUCGAAAGCAAAGUCAACCGUCCCGUGAGAGCCAACUGAUCCAGGGGGAGAACCCGCCUAAGUCAUGGAAAUCCGGUUCUCCCAGGACCCCGAUCUCUCGUGCAAGCAGCAACAGCAGCCGAUUCCAGCCGAAGGAAGUGGGAGAGGAAGAAAGCCAGCCCGAAGAACCGGAUCAGCCGUGGCAAGAACCGAUUGGCGAACCGGUAUAUAAGGAACUGGAUGAACCAGUAGUCGAGAUCGCCGAGGAACCGCAACACGAGGAACCGGAACACGAGGAAUCGAUUUAUAGAGAAGCGGAGUUGGAAUCGGUUCAGAGAACCCCGUCUUCCCGAAAAAGCCCGUCGCCUUCUCGGACGCCGUCACCUCGAAAGCAAAGUCAACCGUCCCGUGAGAGCCAACUGGUUCAGGGGGAGAGCUCGCCCAAAUCCCGGCAAUCCGGUUCUCCCAGGACCCCGGUCUCUCGUGCAAGCAGCAACAGCAGUCGAUUCCAGCGGAGGGAAGUGGGAGAGGAAAAAAGCCAGCCCGGAGAACCGGAUCAGAACAAUUACCAAAACGACGGUCCCUACCAGAGUUACGACUGGCAGGAACACUAUCAAGAUUGGGACCCCCAACUACAGGAAGGUGAUCCUUCUGAGGAACCGGUGCAAGAACUGAUUGGCAAGCCGGAAUAUAAGGAACUGGAUGAACCAGUAGUCGAGAUCGCCGAGGAACCGCAGCACGAGGAACCGGAACACGAGGAAUCGAUUUACAGAGAUGCGGAGUUGGGAUCGGUUCAGAGGACCCCGUCUUCCCGAAAAAGCCCGUCGCCUUCUCGGACGCCGUCACCUCGAAAGCAAAGUCAACCGUCCCGUGAGAGCCAACUGGUUCAGGGGGAGAGCUCGCCCAAAUCCCGGCAAUCCGGUUCUCCCAGGACCCCGGUCUCUCAUGCAAGCAGCAACAGCAGUCGAUUCCAGCGGAGGGAAGUGGGAGAGGAAGAAAGCCAACCCGGAGAACCGGAUCAGAACAAUUACCAAAACGACGGUCCCUACCCGGGUUACGAGUGGCAGGAACACUAUCAAGAAUGGGACCCCCAACUACAGGAAGGUGAUCCUUCUGAGGAACCGGUGCAAGAACUGAUUGGAGAGCCGGUUCAUGAGGAACGGGAUGAACCAGUAGUCGAGAUCGCCGAGGAACCGGAACACGAGGAACUGGAGUACCAGGAACCGGAAUAUCAGGAGCCGGAAUACCAGGAACCGGUUUACCGAGAGGCUGAGUUGGAAUCGGUUCCGAGAACCCCGUCUUCACGAAAAAGCCCGUCUCCUUCUCGGACGCCGUCACCUCGAAAGCAAAGUCAACCGUCCCGUGAGAGCCGACUGAUCCAGGGGGAGAGCUCGCCCAAAUCCCGGCAAUCCGGUUCUCCCAGGACCCCGAUCUCUCGUGCAAGCAGCAACAGCAGCCGAUUCCAGCGGAGGGAAGUGGGAGAGGAAGAAAGCCAACCCGGAGAACCGGAUCAGAACAAUUACCAAAACGAAGGUCCCUACCCGAGUUACGAGUGGCAGGAACACUAUCAAGAAUGGGACCCCCAUCUACAGGAAGUUGAUCCUGAUGAGGAACCGGUGCAAGAACUGGUUGAGGAUCCGGCUCUUCAGGAACCACGUGAACGGGUAAUCGAGAUCGAAUACGAACCGGAAGACGAGGAACCAGAAGACGAGUUACCGGAAGACGAGCAUUUGGACGUCUACGACCAGGAAGAGCCCGAUCAAGGCGAACAGAACUAUGAUGAUGAAGAAGAACCGGUUUGGGGAAGAGAGACAGAGUUGGAACCAGAUUUGAGAACCCCGUCGUCAAGAAAAACUCCGUCUCCUUCUCGAACGUCAUCCCCUCGAAAACAGACGAGGUCACCUCUCAGAACACCUACUUCAACUUCCACCGGAGCAGAGAGGGCGCCAUCUGGCGAGCGGUACUACACAUCGCCCCGUGGGUCGGAAGGCAGGAGCAGCAAGAACCAGUCCACACAGCUGUCACCUCAGGCAUCCGUGGCAACGCAGACAGCAUUCAUGUCUCCCCGGCCCAGGAGUAGGCAGGAGGAGAUGUGGGAGGAGGAAGAAGACUAUCCAGAAGAAGUGUACGACGAGGACAUCGCUUACAGCAAGAGAGAGAGAAGAGAGGAGAGAGGGGAGAGAGAAGAGAGAGAGGAGAGAGAGGAGAGAGAAGAGGACGCCAGGAACAACAACGCCGGCGACCAGCCUUCAGGAGUCAUCGUCUACCAGAUGUCUAUCCGGUUUGCUUGCACAAACGGUAUCCGGGUAUCCGGCGGCGUUCGAGUCUUGCUGGAUAUAAAUAACCGGAUGGGAUAUGUCCAGGUCAUCUCUUUACUCAACGAGGUAUGA